ACUGCUGGACAAAGCAGCAAGGAGUGGUUUCAGUGAAGAGAAGCGUCCCAGAUCAAUGGAGCAAACCCAGAGAGUGUGAAGAUACAAACUGCAAAUCCUGUACUUCUAUCCAGCGGCACACACCCUGAGAAGAACAGGACAGUUGUUGUUUCUCCCACAGAGGAAUGAGCCACUGAGGGGAACACGUCGACUGGAGAAGAGUCCCCGCCGCCGGACUGCUGGAGCUCUUUCUAAGUUUGGUUUUCUACUAACAUGCCCUGUGUCUGAAGAAGUUGACCUGCUGUUUGAAUCUCCCCCCGUGUAGACCAUGCUGUCCCUCCUGCUGCCUGUAAUGCUAGCCGUCCAGGCUACGGCCGUGAUGGAAGUACUGGUCCCAGAGCAGCCAGUGGUGGCGCUGCACGGCAGGGACGCCGUACUCAACUGCUCCUUCAGCCACGCCAGCCCCUACAACCUGUCCGACCUGAGCAUCUUCUGGCAGCUGACGGACACCAAACGCAACGUGCACGGCUACACGGGACAGGACCAGCUGGUGGACCAGGCCGAGCGCUUCGCCAACCGCACCAGCCUGUUCCCCUCCCAGCUGGGCCUGGGCAACGCCUCGCUCCUGCUGACCAGGGUGGUGGUGGCGGAUGAAGGCAGCUACACCUGCUUCGUCCGGGUGCAGGACUACGGCAGUGCUUCUCUGCUGCUGCAGGUGGCCGCCCCCUACUCCAAGCCUGUGGUGACUCUGGCGCCGGAAUCCAACCUGCGGCCAGGUGACGAGGUGACCCUGACUUGCGUGGCCUACGGUGGUUUUCCUGAGGCCGGCGUGAUAUGGCAGGACGGGCGUGGCCUCAACCUGACGGAUAAUAUCACUACUUCGGUAGUGGCCAAUGAGGAAGGGCUGUUCACCAUGACCAGUAUGCUGUCGGUUGUACUGGAGCCCAACAGUACCUACAGCUGCCAACUGAUCAACCCACUACUGGGCGAGGAGGGCUUUGCGUUUGUCACCAUCACAGGUCAGAACAUCGCAUUCCCCCCGGUGGCUUUGUGGGUCACUGUUGGCCUGGCUGUGUGUCUGCUGGUGCUGCUCAUCGCCCUGGCUGCUGUCUGCCGCAGGAAGAUCAAGGAGAGCUGCGAGGAGGCCAGGAGAGAAGCUGAGGAGGCCAAGGAGCUGGAAGACGAGGAGUCAAAGACAGCCAUGACACCACUGAAGAGUUAAGGCCAAGAGAAUAAAGGAGCCGGGGCCAGACGGCGAGCAGGAGAUGAGCCUGGCGGGUAAUCCCAGUCCACCUAUCCAUCAACCUGGAGACUAUUUCCAGCGUCCCCUACAGAAUGUCAAAGCCGCGCUGAGCAGAAGAUGAGUCCAUCAUCUUCUUUCUAAGACUUUCCCUCGAGUUUCCAUCAAAACACAUAAACACAUCAUGUGCCAUUAUUUUUUAUUGCCCUCCCUUUUUCUUCUGUCAAUGGAGGGCCGCAGCAGUGAGUGAAUGCAGCUGAGCGGGUCGUCCUCUGUGCAGUAUGCAAAGGAGACGCUCUGUUUGAGAACUACAGGAUGUGACAGGAUCCUCUCUCGGCCGCUGACACCAGUCUGUAUGGGCUUCGAUGGGGCAUGUGCCAGAGAUCUCCUGUCUAAUAGGAAGUGAGACACUUAAAGAAAUGACCCUGCCUCAGUUGCCAUCACUGACUCUCUGCCAGGGAGAGAGCUCGGCUCUCCCAUUACUCCUGCACUUGCUAAUUAGCGUCUGUCGUUGGAGUAACUUGUACCUGUCAGUGUGUGCCGCUCUCCUAUAUUCAGCAACUUGAAGGAAUUGAAAUUGAAUGCCAGCUAAGCUCCAACAAACUGCAAAUGGUGCAUGGGAUACACCCUGAUUCUCUCACUGACCUGACAGACUUAUAUGUAAGAAAUAGUUUUUAAUGAACACAGACUAUCACAGCUAGUUGUUGUGCAAUGUUUUAUCUCCUCCAGGCCGGGGACCGUACAAGUUGUUUUAUUGCUUCUUUUUAUUUUUUGGUACUUGAGCAAGUCCCUGUGCCAUGUGUCCAUGUAUGAAUGCCAAAGCCAUUUGUGUCAGAGAGCCCAGUGCCUAUUAACAUUAAAGAGACUUGUUUAA